GAUGAUAACUAGUGUCAAGAUUUCCUGUAUAAAUUGUCGACUAUUCCGGUCUGUCACCGUUAAACAGUUUGGUGUACGAAGUAGGCUACCUCAUCGCUACAGAAUAACGGAUCACUCGCUUCAUCUGAAUUAUUUGAAGAUUACUGACCGACGCAGCAGAUGGCAAAACACUUUCUCACAUCCCUCUUGUUAGCAAUCAGCAUCUUUCAAGUGGGUCUAAGCGCUGCGGUGAAUAAAAUUUCUGAACAGAAAUGGGGAAGGAAAAUUACGUUCAAUGGACAAACCAGGGCGUUUACUUGCCCUGAAGCUGACGGCUCUUAUGCAACACCGAACCAGUGUAUUGCCCAGUAUUAUGAAUGCGUGAACGGAAUACCUUAUCCUAAAACGUGUCCACCAGGCUACUUGUUCGACCCAAUAACGUUAGUGUGCACGCUUGCCGCUCAAACGACUUGCAAUCAACACAUCGAUUGUCCUUCAGACGGACUGUAUCCAUAUCCUGGUGCAUGUUCCAGUUUGUACUUUGUUUGCAGCAAUGGAGAUUCUUAUUUGACGUAUUGUACGGAAAACUAUGUCUUCGAUCCUACACUUCUAAGAUGCGUUCUGCAAGAGGAUGCUACGUGUACAUCUACUAAUUCAACAACCACGACUACCGUACCUUCUCCAACUACACCUCCUAUGCCAAUAACAAAGCCCGCAACGACAACUGAACCCACCACCACAACAACUGAGGCUACGACCACAACUCAAUCCACAACAACGACAACUGCGCCUACAACAACAACUGAGGCCACAACAACCACAACUGCACCCACAACAACGGCAACUGAGGCCACAACAACAACAACUGCACCCACUACAACGACAACUGAGGCCACAACAACCACAACUCUUCCCACAACGACAACUCUUCCCACAACUGAGGCCACAACUACAACAACUGAGGCAACAACAACCACAACUGCACCCACAACAACGACAACUGAGGCCACAACGACGACAACUGCGCCCACAACUACAACAACUGAGGCAACAACGACGACAACUCUUCCCACAACUACAACAACUGAGGCCACAACGACAACUGCGCCCACAACUACAACAACUGAGGCCACAACGACGACAACUCUUCCCACAACUACAACAACUGAGGCCACAACGACAACUCUUCCCACAACUGAGGCCACAACUACAACGACUGAGGCCACAACAACCACAACUACAACAACUGAGGCCACAACAACCACAACUGCACCCACAACAACGACGACUGAGGCCACAACGACAACUCUUCCCACAACUACCACACCUGAGGCCCCAACAACGAUAACUGAGUCCACAACGACGACAAUGGUACCAACAACUACCACAACCGAGCCCCCAACAACGACAACAAAAACAACCGAACCACCAAGAGAAGAGUCUACGACAACAACAGCAGCUACCAUUACUACGACACUGACUCCUGCGAAUACUCCGCCGAUAACAACAACAACGAACACAACGCCGAUCAAGCCGGCAGGACCUUUCGUUUGCCCCCAGUCGGACGGAUUGUUUCCCGUGCCGGGCGUGGCAUGUAGCAAUCAAUUUUGGAUGUGCUCAAAUUUUUAUGCAUAUCUUAUGGACUGUCCUGUGCCUAUCUUUUAUAACCCGGCAAUCCAAGUGUGCGAUUGGAAAGAAAACAUUGCGGGUUGCAAUUAAACGACGCGGAGAUAGGCUUCAAUUUCUGGAAUAACUAGUUCAUGGAAUAAUACAAGGAAACUAUUGCAGGGAUAUAGUUGGCAGAUUGUCUUUUAAUUUUGUUUGUUUGAUCUUAAAAUAAUAUUUUGGUAAUAGACUGAAUAAAGUAUCAAUACAAUCAAUUUUGAAUAUUA